AAAUACUUGAGAGAACAACGAUAUUUUUUUAACCACUGAUUCCUACCUCGAAUGCAUUCAUCUGACGUGCAUUUCACGAAGGAUAAAUAACGGUAUUUCUAUUGAAGGGAAUAUUGGCAUAUUAUAUGAAAUUAGACAAUUGCGCUCAAGAUAUGUAUUUUAUGGAAUUUGUUUGCAGCGAAGAAAUCUCAGAUGGAGAAGAGAAAGGAACACAGGAAAUAAGCGGUACAGUGUGCACGCUUGCAAGAAUAUAUUUAAUGUCCUAAUAACGGCGAAAUAGUCGCAAAACUUUUGAAUUUUCCUUCCAUUACUCUUUCAAAUAUAUUUUUCCUCCUACACCAUAAGCUACCAGGUAACAAUACUGGGCGAAUAUGGGUGGAACAGCGGGCGUUCAUAGCCAGGGCCAUGGUCGAUAUUUAUAAGUCAAUGGGAAGGCAGUUUGCAAAGGCAACUUUUCACAUAACGGAAACGGCUUUGCAUAACUCCUACACCAGGACUGCUGCGUACGCGCCGUAAAGAUGAGAGGCUUUGCCCUUCUCCCCCAAGAGGACUACGACAAUGCUUCCACUGGGCAAGACCAAAACAUUGAUAUUGGACGUUGAAAUCCAUGCCUGAGUCUCUUCAGACCUAUUUUCCUUUGUAGGGCGAGAUAAAGGAGUCUUUCCUCAUUGACUCAAUGUAAAGGAGAAGAGAAGAGAGCAUCCACGUCUGAGAAAUGGAUAAACUCACCGUCAUAUCAGGAUGCCUCUUUCUAGCGGCAGAUAUCUUUGCCAUCGCCAGUAUUGCUAAUCCAGACUGGAUCAACACCGGAGAUGCAACUGGUAAGUUAGGUUCCCUGACGGUAGGCCUGGUGCGGCAGUGCCAGACCAUCCACGGUCGUGAAUGGACCUGUAUCCCCCCGCGGCUGCCCCCUGAGUGGGUCACCACCCUCUUCUUCAUUAUCCUGGGCAUCAUCUCCCUCACGGUGACCUGCGGCCUGUUGGUGGCAUCACACUGGCACCGCGAGGCCACCCGUUACGCCCGCUGGAUUGCCUUCACUGGGAUGAUCCUGCUCUGUAUGGCAGCUCUUAUAUUUCCUAUAGGAUUUUACAUCGAUGAGGUCGGGGGACAACCUUAUAAACUACCCAACAACACAGUGGUGGGGUCCUCAUAUGUACUCUUUGUCCUGUCUAUAUUUUUCACUAUAGUGGGACUACUGUUUGCAGGGAAGGUCUGCUUGCCUGGGUGACAUAUCGGGCACUUUGGUUUUUGUAAACAUUCUUGCGCUUAGAGAAAUGCCUUUGUAGAAGCAUUUGCUAGGCCUGACAUUUGAAAUUGCCCAGCUGGAAGGGAAGAAGACGAACUGUGAGAACCACUCUUUCUCUCUGACGUACCUUUGGAUGACAGGAAUCUACGGCACCUAGCCCUGGGUCAAUAGGACAGGUAGUAGGCACUAGUCUGUCUGUGUUCAUAGAUCUUGGAGGAAUGGACACCUAUCCAGCCCCCUCACAGAUCAGUGAACACAGAAGUGUCCUUCCACAAAUAGAGUGCCUUUCUGGGUAGUGUAACUUUCUUAUUUCACCAAAUUUGAACAUUCUGUCAAAGAGCACAUGUUUAACUUCAUAACAAACAUGAUUUCCCCAUCUCCUCCUUUUGAUAUUUUAUUUUUAUUUCAGGAAUAGUUUAACCAUAUUAAAACGAGAGUUCAGUUCACAUAACUGGUUGACAUGAGAGACAAAUGUAAAUGUAAAUGAAUCACUAAUCACGAGAUCAAUAAUAAUUUCCAGAAAUUAUGUUGUCAAGGCAACAAAUUAUAUUACAAUGAUGGUAAAAACUUGGGGAAAUUUGAAGGUUAAGUCGGUUAAAAUCUUCAAGUCGGACAAACAUGACGUGGGACAUGCCAAAAUUGGCAUUUUCAGAGAAAACGACAAAUGUAUUUUAAUGUAAAACACACUACUUUUGGAUUUUUUAAAAUGUUUAGUUAGAGUGUAGAUUUGUGAUCCAAUUUUAAAUUGAGUGUUUUAUCAAAAUGUGCACACAAUGUCACCAGGACAUGAAAGGCACUUUCUUCAUGGAUCGACCCAGAAGGGGGAGUGGUUAGAGCCUUAAACUGACAUGAAUCAUCAGGACAGGGAAGACUGUCACCCAUGGCCAUGACAACAGGAAGUCAAGUCACUCCGCCCCAUAAGAAGCACAGUGGUAGAAAGGCUGAAGCCGGCAAUAAGAAUGAUGAAGCCAUCAUUUUGUAGAUUAUGCAUAUAUGGUUGGAAGUUGAGUUAGACCUCAGAGCUAUUGUCUUGGGUCCUAUGAGUGGAGCUGGCCUCUAGAUUCAUGAUGAAACUAUGAAAAGCAGGAAGUCUGUUGGAUCACAUGAUGAUGGAAAACAAUUAGAACUAAUUCAAUACAAUUGUAAAGUAUUUCAUGAAAGAGUAAAAGUAUUUAUUUGUUUUCAUGAAUGCAUUAUUUUCCCAAGAUGGAGCAUUUAUAGUAAUUUUUUAUGGUCAAUGCACUGUAUCAUGGAAUUCCUACAUGUCUGUUUUCUUCGCUUUUACGUCUGUCAAUUUGUUCUCAUGACUGGCUGACUUGCUCAUGUAGGCUACAUAGACAGCAUGGCUGUUGUUUGAGGAAGCACUGUGAUAUAUAUGAACUACUCUGGAAAACCAUCUCAUUAAAAGUUACACAACAUGACAAAUGAUCUAAUCUAUUAAUUUAGACUGGGGAGAACAUUCUGUAUCAUAUAAGCAACUACAGAGAACAAAAAUCUAAACGCAACAUGCAACAAUAUCAUGCAGCGCCACUCAUCUCCUUUGCAUAGAGUUGAUCAGGCUGUUGUUUGUAGGCUGUGGAAUGUUGUCCCACUCCUCUUCAAUGGAAGCUGAAUUUGGCAGGAACUGGAACGUGCUGUCGUACAUGUCGAUCCAGAGCAUCCCACACAUGCACAUGCAUCCCUGCAUUCUGUAGUACAGACAUGGCCUGCUCUCCCUUAUGUAAGGAAUUAGGCACUUUCCCAUGUCUACUACAGUAUAGAUUGUAGCCUGCACAGUAGCCUAAUAAACAAAUAAACACAUUUCAUUAAUAAAAUAAUGAUAAAAAAAUACUCUUUCAAAAUGCAGAUGUAUAUUUAGUUAUGGACUCAUAACGAAUUACUGUGGGAAUAAAUAUCACUGAUUUAUAGAAAUAUUGGAACAAAGUUGUCUAAUGAGGGCAAACCAUUUAGAAUCCUCCAAUCCUGUAGCCUACUCCCGACCGUCACGUUGUACAGCGUCAUAUUUUCCAUUCCAUCCUAAUGGAAACUCUGGGGGUUUCGUUUUUUGUUUAUCUCUGAAUAGAAACACAAUAAUAUUAAUCAAAUUAAUUAAGCCAAAUUUCUUAAAAUCAAUACCAUAUACUGUCUUAUUACAAAAAAAUGUUUUAAAUUCUCUGGUAAUGCCAAUACGGAAUACAAUCAAAUGCUUCUCAAAGAUGCCCUCUGGUGGUCAAACUAGCAAUUACUUGCAGUAACAGAAAAAAUGGCUGACUAUGAAAUUACUUGCCACAGUAUGCUGCGGCAGCAUGCGAGGUGUGCCGCAGUAUGACGCAAUUUUUAAAGGAGGAACCACUGUAUCUCUGCAUUGAAAUUGCCAUCACCAGUAACCGAAAGGUUGCUUGAUCGAAUCCCUGAGCUGACCAGGUAAAAAUCAGUCGUUCUGCCCCUGAAUAAGGCAGUUAACCCACUGUUCCUAGGCCGUCAUUGUAAAUAAGAAUUUGUUCUUAACUGACUUGCCUAGUUAAAGAAAGUUUAAAAUAAAAAAAUGCAAUUGUGUUCGUUGUCGGUAGCUUAUGCCUGCCCAUAUCAUAACCCCACCGCCACCAAAGGGGACUCUGUUCACAACGUUGACAUGCCCGGUACAGUUGAAAUCCCAUAACAUUUUCACAUGGAAAUAGCUUUUGAUUUCUGUGCUAUAGCCUACAGUAGCCAGGCAUACAUUACAUGACACUUUUAAUAAAGCUUUUACAUGAUGACAUUAAUGAAUGAUUUAUCUACUUGGUCUGUAACACCAGGGGUGUUACUGUAAAUUGCAUUGUAUUGUGUUGUAUGAUGCAAGAAACCACUUUACAAAAUAAAAGUCAUUAUUAUUACUACCAUAUAAAAAAAUAGACAAUAUAGGCUACCCCUCUGCCUAUUGGCUUAUUUGUACAUUCAAGCUUGUCUCAAAAUACAACACUGCCACUUUUAAUUAAGACAUAAGCUUUUUACUGGACUGUCUUUUCAAAGCCCAUUUGAAAUGUAGCCUACACUUCUUUGUGCUCUUGUAGGAAGCAGUAACUCCCCAUUGCUGACCUAUACUUAUCUAAAACUGGGCUAAUAACUCGCUAACUAGCAAAGAAUAUCAACAAAUGUGCACAGGCUUGGCACUGAUCUGAAAGAGGCAUUCACUUGCGGGUGAUUGAAAGACAACUAGUAAACUACCCCUGCCAGUAGAAUUCUACUCCGUUGCGCUCUGGCUCUGCCUACAACAAAAUCCCAGACUCAAUCCUGCAAAUUUAGAUCUGUUUUGGUUUGUUGCAUUGAAAAGGGAUUGAUAUAAUGUUGAAUGAUCACAGAAGAAACGUUGAUCUAUAUAGUGCAAACUAAAGGGGAGAACUCAGUGAAGUUCAAUCUCUUGCAUGGCAUUUCUUCUGUACUGCAGUCCUGGAGGAGGUGCGUGGUCGCGCAUACCUGCAGUUUAGAAGGAACAUUGGUCAUGAUCCCGAACUGCAGCUUCCCUGAGAUGGUUUCUGACAGUUUGUGCAGAAAUUCUUUGGUUGUGCAAACCCACAGUUUCAUCAGGUGUCAUGCUCCCUCAAAACAUGAGACAUCUAUGGCAUUGUGUUGUGUUACAAAACUGCACACUUACAGAGUGGUCUAUUAUUGUCCCCAGCACAAGGUGCACCUCUGUAAUGAUCAUGCUGUUUAAAACUUCUUAGGGCUGCAAUCCCAUUAACGGGAUGAUAUGACAACAGCCAGCGAAAGUGCAGGGCACCAAAUUCAAAACAACAGAAAUCUCAUAAUUAAAAUUCCUCAAACAUACAUGUAUUUUAUAGCGUUUUAAAGGUAAUCUUGUUGUUAAUCCCACCACAGUGUCCGAUUUCAAAUAGGCUUUACAGCGAAAGCACCACAAAUGAUUAUGUUAGGUCACCACCAAGCCACAGAAAAACACAGCCAUUUUUCCAGCCAAAGAGAGGAGUCUCAAAAAGCACAAAUAGAGAUAAAAUGAAUCACUAACCUUUGAUGAUCUUCAUCAGAUGAUACUCAUAGGACUUCAUGUUACACAAUACAUGUAUGUUUUGUUUGAUAAAGUACAUAUUUAUCUAAAAAAAUCUGAGUUUACAUUGGCACGUUACGUUCAUGUAACGAUUGUUGUCUUCCUCUUCUGAGGAGGAGUAGGAAAUAUCGGACCAAUAUGCAGCGUGGUAAGUGUUCGUCAUAUUUAUUACACUGAACACAGGAAACAAACGAACAAGCGAAUAAAGAAAAACCGAAACAGUCCCGAAUGGUGAAAAACACUGAAACGGAAAAUAACCACCCACAAUCAAGAGUGGGAAAACAGGCUACUUAAGUAUGGUUCUCAAUCAGAGACAACGAUUGACAGCUGCCUCUGGUUGGGAACCAUACCAGGCCAAACACAUAGAAAUAUAAACACAAGAACAAAACAUAGAAUGCCCCACCCCAACUCACGCACUGACCAACCUAAAAUAGAAACAUACAAAAGGAACUAAGGUCAGGACGUGACAGUUCACUAGUUCCAAAAACAUCCAGUGAUUUUGCAUAGCCACAUCAAUUCAACAGAAAUACUCAUCAUAAAUGUAGAUGAUAAUAAAAGUUAUACACAUGGAAUUAUAGAUUUACCUCUCCUUAAUGCAACCGCUGUGUCAGAUUUCAAAAAAACUUUACGGAAAAAGAAAACCAUGCAAUAAUCUGAGAUGGCGCUCAGAAAAAUAAUACAAUUAGGCGCCAUGUUGGAGUCAACAAAAACCAGAAAUCACAUUAUAAAUAUUCCCUUACCUUUGAUGAUCUUCAUCAGAAUGCACUACUAGGAAUCACAGUUCCACAAUAAAUGCUUGAUUUGUUCGAUAAUGUCCGUUAUUUAUGUCCAAGUAGCUACUUUUGUUAGGGCGUUAGGUACACAUAUCCAAAUGCUUGUGCAGGUCGAUGUGGAAUGCGCGUGACCAGGAAAUUGCUCUCUGCCAGUAACCUGACUCAUUCAGCUCUUAUUCAGUCCCACAACACAGUAGAUGUCACGUUCUGACCUUAGUUCCUUUGAUUUGUCUUUGUUUUAGUAUGGUCAGGGUGUGAGUUGGGUGGGUUGUCUAUGUUCCGUUUUCUAUGUUGUGUUCGCGUUUGGCCUGGUAUGGUUCUCAAUCAGAGGCAGGUGUCGUUAGUUGUCUCUGAUUGAGAAUCAUACUUAGGUAGCCUUUUCCCACUUGUGUUUCGUGGGUGUUUAUUUUCUGUGUCUGUGUGUUCCACACGGAACUGUUUCGGUUGGUUAUUUCACGUGUCGUUUAUUGUUUUGUUUCAGUGUUCGCUUGUUUUAAUAAAGAGCAUGAACACGUA